GAUUUAAGAGCUCAGUAUAAAAACAAGAACCACAGAUGUUUUUAUUUAUUUAUUUAUUUUUUCAGUUUGAAAGUUGCUUCAUUUUGAUCUGAAAAACACAAAUAGUAAAAAUGGUAAGCCGGGUUGAACAUCCAGCAAGUGGUUAUAAAAAAAUGUUUGAUACAGUGGAAGAGCUUUCUGAGCCUAUGACGACGCAUAUUACAGGCACCAUACCACAAUGGUUGAAAGGUAGCUUGUUGAGAUGUGGUCCUGGACUAUUUGAAGUAGGAUCUGAACCGUUCUAUCAUUUGUUUGAUGGCCAAGCUCUUCUUCAUAAAUUUGAACUUAAAGAUGGAAAUGCCACCUACUUCAGAAGGUUUAUCCGAACUGAUGCAUAUGUCAGAGCAAUGACAGAGAAAAGGAUCGUGAUCACAGAAUUUGGCACUUUCGCAUAUCCUGAUCCAUGCAAGAACAUUUUCUCCAGGUUUUUCACCUUUUUUAAUGGAAUUGAAGUGACAGACAAUGCUCUGGUUAAUGUAUACCCAAUUGGAGAAGAUUUCUAUGCCUGUACUGAGACCAACUACAUUACAAAGAUUGAUCCUCAGACACUGGAAACAGUUAAAAAGGUGGAUCUAUGCAAAUAUGUUUCAAUUAAUGGUGUGACAGCUCACCCCCAUAUUGAGAAUGAUGGGACUGUGUACAAUAUCGGCAACUGUUUUGGGAAGAACUUUGCAAUUGCUUACAACCUCAUCAAAAUACCUCCAAUACAAGCAGACAAACAAGACCCUCUGAACAGAGCAAGAGUUGUUGUACAGUUUCCAUGCAGUGACAGAUGCAAACCAUCUUAUGUACACAGUUUUGGUAUGACGGAUAAAUAUUUCGUGUUUGUGGAACAACCAGUGAAAAUCAACCUGCUGAAGUUCCUGUCUUCUUGGAGUCUCUGGGGAGCCAACUACAUGGACUGUUUUGAGUCUCAUGAAACAAUGGGGGUCUGGUUCCAUGUAGCCAGCAAGAAAACUGGCGAAUAUAAAAAUGUCAAGUACAGAACUUCAGCAUUUAAUCUGUUUCACCACAUCAACACUUUUGAAGAUAGUGGAUUUAUUAUUGUAGAUCUCUGCUGCUGGAAGGGGUUUGAGUUUGUAUACAAUUAUCUUUACCUUGCUGAUUUACGCAAAAACUGGGAAGAACUGAAGAAAAAUGCAUUUAAAGCUCCACAACCAGAAAUGAGAAGAUAUGUCCUUCCAUUAAAUAUUUCUAAGGAGGAUGUUGGGAAAAACAUAAUUACUUUGCCCUACACAACAGCUACGGCAAUUUUAAGGAGUGAUGGAAGCAUAUGGCUUGAACCUGAAGUUCUUUUCUCUGGACCACGUCAAGCCUUUGAGUUUCCUCAAAUCAACUACAAGAAAUGCAACGGAAAAGAUUAUACAUAUGUGUAUGGACUUGGACUGAACCAUUUUGUUCCAGAUCGGAUCUGUAAACUAAACGUGAAAACUAAAGAAACCUGGGUUUGGCAAGAACCAGAAACCUAUCCUUCAGAAGCCAUCUUUGUAGCACACCCAAAUGCAACUGAAGAGGAUGAUGGAAUACUGCUUACUGUGGUUGUUAGUCCAGGAGAAGGACAGAAGCCUGCAUUUCUCCUCAUUCUCAAUGCAAAGGACCUCACCGAAAUUGCCAGGGCUGAGGUGGACACUAAUAUUCCAAUCACCUUCCAUGGGAUGUACAAGAAAGAUUAGCAGGCACUGGAAAUGUCUAACACAACUGUGAAAUAUUACCCCCAUGUGUCACACCUGAGCACAUAAGCACACUGUAAUUGCUGGAUAUGUCAAAUAAUAUGUAUGUUUUUUUUAUACAAAUAUGGUUUAUUUUCAAACAUAUAUUUCACAAAAAAGUUUCUGCUGUUUAAUAUCUAUCUGUCUACACACAUAUAUAUAUAUAUAUAUAUAUAUAUAUAUAUAUAUAUAUAUAUAUAUAUAAAUUCAUGUGCUCAAUUAAAUAGGCAAAGAUGCAUGGACAAUGACCUUGGUGAAAACCUAAUUCCCUAAGAGCAAGAUGGGAUAUUAGGAUCAGCUGACCUCUGUUUUCCAAUCAGUAAUUGUGCAGUUUGGUAAUGAAGCAAAUUUCUAAUUUCUCAUUUUAAAAUAAUUAAAUGCUGAAAAUUUGUAAUUACAGGAAGCAAAUUAGAUUAUAGAUUUUUAACAUUUUACUGCACAGCAUUCUUACAUUUAUGUUAGUCUGCAAAUAAAAAUGACUUGACAUAUAAAAUAAAAA